AUGGCUGAGACUGAAGAAGAAUCAGGAUGCACAGCUUGCUUGACACGCCUUGACAGAUUUGGUCUGUUCGGUGAUGAAGCUUCCCAUGGAUACGUUCGGGUGAUGCAGGGAGAACAAGCAGGAUUCCAUGACAGUGGAAAGCCGCUGCUUGCAAGCACUGUUGAUACAUUUGAAGAUGAUGAUGAUGAAGGUAUGGAGAGCAAGCUGGAUACUAUGAGUAAGCUGGACAGUAUGAUGGGCAGCAUGAUGAGCAGUUUGGACAGCAUGACAGAUCCUUCAACACCUGGAAGGAGGAGAAGGUCAACCAUGGACACCGAGAUCGAGCUCUUCAAAGAACGUGCCGAAGUUCGCAGUGACCCACUUCUGCGGCCGCCUCGUACUAUAGCUGGCAUAUGCCUGGCGGGCUUUUGUAUGCUGCUGGGUGCAGGCGCAGGUGCUGCUGCAGGCUAUUUUGGUUUGUAUCUCGAGCCACGUAUCCUGAUGUCUGCGGAGUGCCACACCAUCAAGCCAAUUCGGCAUUUGGGCGUGGAUGCUAUGCACCUCAUGCGGCUUGUGGAAAGCUUCUACUGUCAUAGCAUGCGAACGUCCCAGAUGGUCGAACUCUUCUGCCCUUUGGCUCUGGGUGCAGGAGGUGCUGUGGCAGCUUUGAGACUUGCCUACGGGCAUGCAUACUUCAAGCAGUGGACUGAUGAGGAGUCCAUGAAUGAGCUUAAGAAACUCUAUUCUUUGCGAACGGUCGGAACGAAAUUCGUUCUCAGGUGUUGGCGCAUGCGGCGGUCAACGGUCUUCUGCUUUCAAGUGGUAGUCAUGAUGUGGCUUCGAUACACGGUGGAUCUUUGGAUGGACAUCGAAGCGAUGAAGAUCUUCUUGCAAGAGCAUCAGCCUUGGUUCUUCACCCUGAACCUCCUGGGUGUUUUCCUGGGUCUUCUGUGGACUGCCUACGAGUUUUACAAUGUGAUUACCAGCCCUGGCUCAAAGAUCACCAACACGGAGAUCUUUUUUGCUGGGCUCACACUCCCUUUGCUUGGACAGCAUGUGACCUACUUGGCCAUCCUAUCCUUGUUUCGUGGCAGCCUACAUCCCUUCCUCUUUGUUUCCACACUAGCAGAGGCCAUCCUGGAAUCCUCCAUCUCCUCCUUCAUUCAGACCUAUGCAGUGGUUUUCACAAGCCGUUUGACUUGGGAUCAAAAGGCGCAGCUCUACUUCUCCGUCUUCUCAUCCUUUGUUUCAAUUGGCUAUGCCUUCAGCACAAUUGACAUGUUCCAAGGAGGCAGAAUGCUAGUGAAGGUGCCCGGUUUCUGCAAAUCCUUCAACGCGCGAUUCGGAGUGGUGUUUUUCUUUCGCGUGGCCGAAAUUACGUCUCGUGCAACAUCACUCGCUCUGUUCCAAACAGUAACACGACCAUAUGGUAUGUUUGUCGUCAUUGCAGCGGAUGGAGUUAUCAUGUCCAUCUUCACCAUUUUCUAUCAGUGCCGAGUGGGCCAGUUUGCUCCGGUUGAACGCUUUGCAUUUGUCCGCCAAAACUUCUUCUAUGUCAUCCCCUCUGUUCUUUUCUGCCGGAUGGCGCCUAUCCUGGAGAAAGACACGGUGAUCACCAUCCCGCCAAUCAUCUAUUACACUAUCAGGUACUUGGAGCUGGCUGGCAUGGUGGCAGUAGCUGGGGAGUGGAUGGAGUGGGACAAGGACUAUGCAAGAGACCUUUUUGAAGAUGAUGGACUCAUCCUGGCUGCUUUUGCCUUGAGCACAGUGAUGAUGCUGGUCCUUGGCAUCAUCAUCAGGAGCUUUCUGAGUGUGCGGACAUUGAUGGAUACAUCUGGGGAAAUUUGGAGCGAACACGAAUUCAACAGUGCGCAGCAUGCAUUGAAGAAUCGUAUCCUGGAGGAUCAUCCCGCAGACCUGAAGGCCAUCAAGAUUGUGAGCAAGCUGCUGGAGAGCGACCUGAAAAUGACGGGCUCCCAAUGCCACUCCUUUGCUCGGGAAGCAGGUUUCCCGCCGGCGGCCCACUGGGACUCCAACUUUUUAAGGGCCAAGGUGGCUCUGAUCAUCAAAGAGGCCUUGCUGGCAGUGGAAGGCUUUGACUUUUCCAAUGCUCGCAGCCGCCAUCGCACCCUCCUCAACUCGGGCUCUUUGGUGUCAAUCAGAUCCACGGGCCGUUCACUGACCAGCAAGGGAGACAGGAUUGUUGGCCACAUGUCCAAUGACCUGGCCAACCAGAAGUUUGUCCUGGAGUGUGAUGAGGGUUUGUUGAUCUCGGGCAACAAGAUGCGCUUGAGAGCUUUAACCAGUGGCGAGCUGCUUGGGCUAGUGAAGACAGAUCCGUUGAACUAUGAGCUUCGUUUGCAACCCACUUGGAGCGAGGAAGCAGCCACCUUCUUCUCGCCCUUGCUUGUCCACGAGGAGAUCUACCGCAGCGCGUCCCGCUUCGCUCAAUUUGUCCACAUGGGAUCUGGUCUGGAGGUCGUGGAGCUGCGAGUGAGCAAGAGAAGAGGUCAAAGCCUGAAGGAUUGGGACUCCAGUGGCUGGAGGAUCUUUGCCAUCAAUGGGAAAACGCCCAGCCGAGAAGAAGUUGAUGAGAUACUUCAGAAGGGCAAAGGGUCUAAGAUGGUGAAGGCUCAGUCCAGUGUCUCUGACCCUCACAGCGACAGCAACAUGGAUCUCUGGAAGUCACUCCGCCCGGGCGUGGAAGCUGCUGCUCGUGGGGAGUACAUUGUACAGUUUGUCAGGAGGGACGCCUCUGACACGCCGAUUAUGGCUGGCAGCAAGGUCCUUUUGCAGCAUGCCGGUGGUUGGACCAACACUCCUAUGGGAAUGUCAGAGAGUGUGACACCAGACGUCGACGAUGCAGCUGAAGCUCCUGAGGAACAAGACCGCUUUAUGCCGCGCAUUGUAGAAGGGGAGGGCGGCCUGACAUUCACCAUGGAAACAGCAGAAUUUGGCAGCAAGGAUGAUCCCAGCAUAUACCAAUGGGCUGCGAACUUGAUUGGUGAUCUUGCGGACACUGUGCAACUACAAGAGUCCUUUGCGGAGAAGUAUCGCACGCUGACAGUGGUGACGUUCAAUGCGCGCUCCACAGGGAUGGCAGGUGUGAAAGGAAUCCUUCAAGCGGACCCCGACUUGCAUUUGCGGGUCCUCUCAAACCUUCUACAGCCGAUUCGCCAAGAGAAGGAUAUUCGUGUGGAGUAUCUUCUUAGCGAAGUGCUGAUGGAUCUUGAAUUUGAUUUUGACAAUGAAAAUCCUGGGGAGCCUAUGACGAUCACGGCUUUUGAAGAUGAUGACGAUGGAUCUGCAAUGGCAUUGCAGAACUGCGGGGUUCAAGUGGGAGACCAACUGUUGUUAAUCGAGCUCAUGGAGGAGGAUGGUUCGAUGAAAAAGAUCAGUGGCUUUGUCGAGAUUCGUGACUUGCUCAUGGAGGCCGAAGAGGAAGACGUGGACACGACGGGCUUCCUCACCUUCCGCUGUAAGGGUCGUUCCACCCACGUGGAGGAGACCAACGAGACGGUGAAGAAGGCCGUGGCGCAGUCGUUGAUCAUUGCGGAGCUACUGCCUACCUGGACGGAGUUGCAACAGGCAGCACAUAAGUCUGUGGAGCGACAACAGGUGUGCGAUAUGAAGGAAGGGCUUUUGAGCCACGGCUUGCUCUUCCGGACCAAGUGUGACUUGGUACAAGCACUCAUCUCUACAGGCUUUGCUCUACACCAUGAUGACUUCGCUUCGAAGGCAUUGCAGCUUCACAAACGCUUCGAUCCGGCGACGGAUGAAGUGCUUUGGAAGUUCUUUUCGGGUCGUGACAAUGCGGAACUCAGAGAUGAAAUCCUCAUCGUUCAGCUGGAUGUACUCACAAACACGUGGCGAUCGCUGCCCCAGAUCAUCAAAGAGGACAUUCCAGAUGUUGUGCGGACUCUUUUCCAUCCAGAUGUGGAGAUUACGCUCAUCCACGAUGCUGCAAGAGUGCUCAUGCAGAGGUGGGAAAGCGUCCGCGAGUCUGAAGGGGAGAUGGAUAGCCUGAAAAUGCCAGACCAACUGGUGCGAUUUUUCAAGUACAUGCGCCCGGCCAGUGAUGAUUCCGCAGGUCAUCGUGAAUUCUCCAUGCAUUGGAUAGUGAAUGCCUGGCAAGCUGACAGGAUACAGCAGAGAAAGGUGCAAGCUCUUCUCUCGGACAUUGCUCGAUUGUUCGAAAGUGCGGAGAUCUUCUGGGAGAGACGGGUGAAAGAUGCCCACGCUUGA